CGCGGAGCGGAGGGGCGAGGCGGAGUUGCGGUUUGUGAUCCCGGCGCUCGGAAGCCCUCGGUGCGAUGCCAUCCUGCCAUGUGCCCAGUUUGAGGCAUCUGUCCAAGUGGAUGCUCCCCCCUCUCCUCCUUUUGCUGGCUGAGCUCGCCUGCGAUGCGCAGCCCACGUACCAGUGGAAGGAUGCUGCGACGGGCGAGAGGAUCACUUGCCAGCAGUGCCCGCCGGGGACCUUCGUGGCUCAGCACUGCUCCAGGGACAGAGCCACGCUGUGCCAGCCCUGCCCGGAUUUGCACUACACUCAGUACUGGAACUACCUGGAGAAGUGCCGCUACUGCAACGUGAUCUGCGGGGAGAAGCAGGUGGAGGUGCAGCAGUGCAAUGCCACGCACAACCGCGCCUGCCAGUGCCAGCAGGGCUACUACUCCAACAUGGAGCUGUGCAUCCGCCACUCCGAGUGCCCGCCCGGCACCGGGGCUCUGAGGCCGGGUACCCCCUUUGAGGACACCCAGUGCCAUGACUGCCCCCAUGGCUUCUUCUCCUCCAACUCCAGCGCCAACCCAUGCCAGCCACACCAGAACUGUGAGCAGCAGGGGAAGGUGACCAACGUGAAGGGCAACAGGUACCAUGACACCCUGUGCACGUCCUGCAGACCUGGGGGAGGCAACAGCACACAGGGAGCAGCCGCAGAUGACGACGACUGCGACCAGGCCAUGAUAGACUUUGUGGUGUACCAGAACAUCCCCGUCAAGAAGCUGAAGCGCCUGCAGCAGAUCCUGGAGCGCUCCCCAAAGAAGCAGGCAGGAUGGACCAGGGCAGCCAUCCAGGAGAAAAUCCGGGCUUUCCUCACCCACAAGAAGGAGGAGGACUCUGAAGUCACCAAGGAGCUGCUGGACGCGCUGCGCAUGGUUAAGCUCCACUCCAUUGAGGAGAAAGUCCGUGAGCGCUUCCUGCGGCGCUGAGAGCAGGGACUGGACUUUUUGGGUGCUCUUUGUUUUGGUUUUUAUCUUCUGAGGCUUCGUUAAUUUAUUCAUCUUUCCAAACAUAACUUGAAAAGCAGCAUGAGAGAUGAGUGAUGGAGUGGCAUCGUGCUGUGGCAGCUGUGUCACUGCUGA